CACACACACAGGCAGGGAUCGGAGCAGAUGCAACACCACCAGGCAGGAGCAACUCCAUUCAGCCACUAUGGAGCAGCAACACAAAGCUCAGACUGGAGGCAUGUACAAGUUUGUGCAACACAAAUCUGGGAGCAGAUUUAUGAACAAGGUGUUUGUCUAUUGAAGGAAAAACAAGAAAGAAAAUAAAGAAGCCAGGACAACAACUCAAAGUUCUUUUUAGAGGAUUUAACUAUUGUUAGUCUCCAAAUGAUUCAGUCUACAGUUACACCAAGAAAAUGUAUCAUGAGAAGGCAGCACUGAUAACGAAUGCACGACAGAUUUGAGCCCAUACUGCCUCCCUGUCCAGCAACAGUACUUUAAUGGUUGGAACUGCCCGCCCCAACCUACAUUACUGCCCUCGCAGACACAGCCUGAUGAUCAUCGGUGCCAUGGGAGCGGUGCGAGUCAAUAGAUACAGCAUCGUUUCCACAGAUGAAGAUGCCCUGAAGAUCUCCAGCCUGGGCCUCCAUAAUGGCCACAGUCCUCUGACUCAGCCGUCACUGUCAGGGGCCUGUAUGCUGGGUGAAGAAGGAGGAGGAGAGUGUCCAGAAAGUGAUGACGGAAGAGGGGCUUUGUCUUUGAGAGAGACAAAUGAGCCCAACAUCCAAAACAGCAGUUUAGUUUUAACAGCUUCAUCUUCAUGUCGUCUGGGUCUAGAUCUGGGCACCGGCCGCCUUCGCAGCCGCUUUGUGAAGAAGAACGGUCAGUGCAAUGUGGUGUUCAACAACAUGGAGGAUAAACCAAAACGAUACCUGGCUGACAUUUUCACCACCUGUGUGGACAUACGCUGGCGCUACCUGCUGCUCAUUUUCACCACCACUUUCCUUUUGUCUUGGCUGGUGUUUGGCGUGAUCUUCUGGGGAGUGGCGCUUGCUCAUGGAGACUUUAACUUAAAGGAAGGGGAUCCUCAAAGCAAUGUAGAGAACGGAAAAGACCAAUGGCGGCCAUGUAUUCUCCACAUCCAGGGUUUUAUAGGGGCUUUCCUCUUCUCCAUAGAGACCCAGACCACCAUUGGAUAUGGUUUCCGGUGUGUCACGGAAGAGUGCCCAGUCGCUGUGGUGACUGUGGUGGUCCAGUCCAUCAUGGGUUGCAUUAUUGACUCCUUCAUGAUUGGGACCAUCAUGGCAAAGAUGGUGCGGCCCAAGAAGCGGGCACAGACCUUGCUGUUUUCGCAUAAUGCCGUCAUAGCUCUGCGAGAUGGUAAGCUGUGCCUUAUGUGGCGCUUAGGGAACAUGCGCAAGAGCCACAUUGUUGAAGCACACGUGCGAGCUCAACUCAUUAAGUCCCAUGUGACGGCGGAGGGCGAAUACCUCCCUUUGGAGCAAACCGAUAUUGAUGUUGGCUAUGAUGACGGGCUGGAUCGGCUGUUUCUGGUGUCGCCACUAGUCGUGGUCCAUGAGAUCAACAAAAACAGUCCUCUGUAUGACCUAAGUUGCUCUGACCUGCUCAAGGAAGACUUUGAGAUUGUGGUCAUCCUGGAGGGGAUGGUGGAGGCCACAGCUAUGACCACACAGGCCCGGAGCUCCUACUUGGCCAAGGAGAUCCUGUGGGGUUACCGUUUUGAGCCUGUGGUCUUUGAAAAGGGUAAUCGCUACCACGUGGACUACUCUCGCUUCCAUAAGUCCUACAAAGUGCCAUCUACGCCUCACUGCAGUGCCAGGGAACUGAGUCAGAUGAAGGGUCAUGGCAGACAGUCUUCAUCCUCCAGCUCAACUUACUCCCAGUCUCCAUCACCAUUUGCCCCAAGGGUAUCUCACCAUCUCCUGGGCCCUCACUCCCCCAGUGCUUUCUGCUACGAGAACGAGGUAGCUUUGUGCUGUGGGGAUGAUGAGGAUGAGGAGAAUAUGACAGUGGAGCUGGGGAGCCUAAAUGUAGUAAGUGACAAAGAGGUAAAGAUGAGAAAGGACAUUCACUUGGGUUUUAAAGAGACAUUUGUGGAGGAGCAGAGAGUGGAGAUGCUGUGUGUUCUAGACACAGAGAAUCAGAUCAGCCUUGACAGACUACAGCCCACUCUACCAUUAUACAUCAGCAGAGAGUCAGGAGUUUAAUCAUUUGUAAUGGUUGCCCUUCCAUUUGUUUCCUCUGGACACACCUCUUUGUGUGUGUGC